CGUCGCCCGAGGCGCCGUACUGCGUACAGUGAAAUGCAUUUGCACCGCCGGUUUCGUACAGCAUUUGAAGAGACGAACAACAAGAUUUCUUCAACACAAAGCCACCCCUGCGAGACGCAAGCCUGCACUUAACGCCCGUUUUCAGUCCACAACAAAGGCUCCUUUGCGCCAUGCUACAUUCCGCCCGCGCGCGACAGCUGCUUUUCUCGUCCAGGUCGCCCGCUUCUCUCGAGGUCAUCAUCACCGCUCAUGCCCCCGACCCCUGACCUCGUUUUUGAUUUGGGAUCCGUCUGCCAACAACCACUGCUGCCCGAUGUCUUCGCACUGGAAAGUCAUCCAUCGCUGUCUGUGACCGGACCUGAUCUCAACACUCUUGCACCUUUCUCUUUGCACAUCCAACCUCCGCCGCCCAUAUUCACGAAGGUGUUUGGUCUCGAUUUUCGAGGAAGACCUCGUUCUUGCUCGGCAACAAAUAUCUCGGGGGCUCCAUCCAUUGAACCGCCAUCAUGCCGCCUAGGCAAGGUCGUGGCGCCCGCUCGGGAGACACCCCAGGGGCGCCUGACCCAUCGCCAAGAGCGCAGAGGACUCCAGGACCGUCCAGGUUGAGUACCGCGUAUGGAUCUCCCGCGCAGCUCGCCCCGUCCCGCGCCUCCGUGCAAACAACGAAUGUCGGCAUGGGCGAUGCCAUCAGAUCCGUGCAACAACAUAACCCAGACGCACAGAGAGGCAGAAGGAGUCAACGGAACCGAGGCUCUGCGGUCCCUCCUGCAAACCCUCCUGCGCCGCCUCCUCAACCUCCGCUUCCUCAACCUCCGCUUCCUCCACUUCCACCCCCAGGACCGGCAGGCAACAACAACAACAACAACGGGUCAGUUGGUGGACGGGCAAGGACCGCCCAACCUGAUGCCAACAAUCCGAGGGCAUAUCGAUUCAUGUCGGUACCACUUCACUCUGAUACUCCGUCUCACAGAAGCUUCAUUGAGGAGAGCGAACUCUACCAAAAUGCAAACGUCGGGACACCGGGAUCAUCCAGACCACCCCGACAACAGCCAACUGCUGCGUCGCAUUCUGGAUCGGAUUCCAUCGAUGACAAUGACGACGAGGAUCCACUACAACGCGGUACGCCUAGCGGUUCGAGGGUCAGUAGAGAUCCAACGACGAUCUCACGUCCUCCACCGAGCUAUCGGCCAAUCAGCUGGGCCGAUCGCUUCACACAAGGUGGUGGAUUCGGAGGAACAGCUCCUGGCCCGCCUCCGGAUACCACCGCCACUCCUACAGGAGAUGAUACUAGAGUUCCAGGACUUCCACCCCCUGGAGGGCUACCUACCCCGAGUGACAAUUCAGGGGUGACACCGACCGGAGGCCAAGGCACCCCCAUACAGCAAAAUGAUGGAGUUCCGGGCACUGGAUUGUUGAACAUCCCCGGACGCAACACGAGACCCCCACCCUUUAAUCCUCCAACAGGAGGACCAGCCACCGGAGAUCAACCAGGUACUGUGACUUGGGAGAGUUUGGGGGUACCCACCCCUGGAGCACCCACCCCUGGAGCACCCAUCACUGGAGCACCCAUCACUGGAGCACCCAUCACUGGAGCACCCAUCACUAGAGCACCCAUCACUGGAGCACCCAUCACUGGAGCACCAAUCACUGGAGGGCCUGGUACUGGGACAACCGGUACCGGAGGAAACGGUAUGGUGCCCGGCCCUCCUGGCCCUCCUGGCCCUUCUGUCCCUCCUGUUAUUCCUGGCCAGCGACGCUCUAACAGAGGUAACCAGCAAGCGCCUGAUCGAGGCACCAAUCAAGGCUCUAACGACGGCGCUCAGCAAGGGGGUAGUGAAGGAACGCAGGGCCCUAGGGGACCGCCAGGAGCACCAGGACAGCCCGGGCUACCGGGACUACAAGGACAGCAAGGGCCGCGCGGUCAGCAAGGACAGAAGGGAGACAAGGGAGAGCAGGGACAGCAGGGACAGCAGGGACAGCAGGGACCACAAGGGCCGGCGGGGCCACGGGGGCCGCCAGGGCCGCCAGGGCCAGCAGGCAACGGCACCGAUCUCCCACCAGACGUUUUGUUUGAGGCCGACAAUGUCAUCGCUCGAAGCCUCAAUUGGCUGUACGAGGCUCUCAACAUUGGCCAGUUGCCACGUUGGCUUAGCACACCACUGCAAAUGUUCGCCCUCUUCACCUUGGUCAUGUGGCUCCUGUUGAUCCUUAUCGAGCUUUUCGUCCCUGCGGUUGGAUGGGACGGCAUCGUGGUCAACAAACGCUUUGAGUAUCAUGGGAAUUCGCUUGUGGGUUGGAGGCAAAACAUCAUGCAGUUUGUACCGUGGAUCUUGCUGCAUCCUCUUGCUACUGUGACCGGCAAUCUGGACUACGCAGACUAUCGCACCACCAUAAACUGGUUGCAAUUGAACCAAGAUGCCACUGGGAAGAAAGUGGACACUCUCACAGAGGCCGUCGGACAGCUGCGCAGGAUUCUUCCAGAGCUCAUCAAGGUGGACGCUGGCAUCGCUACGUCCGAGUGGAAAGUCGAGGACACUUUUUGGCAUGCCUUGAAUGACGAGAUGAAGAAGGGAGGCUUACUGUGGCAUCUGCUCAGCAUGCACAAAGGGGAGAAUGGUUCUUAUACCAUCUCAGACGCGCACUGGGAUGCCAUCAAGCAACGACUACGUGAGGAGGACUCGACUUCUCACCAGUCAGGGAAUGAUGACCCACUGGCGCUGAGCAACGAGGUCAUGAGAUACGUGGACUUGUCCGUGUCCAAAUCUUUCCGGGAUUGGCUCUCCAAAAACGCAGAUGACGUGCGCAAGGCACAGGGCACUGAAAAGGGGGAGCCAAGUGCCUCUUACUCAGAACUCUUUGGUCAGGUUGACAAGGCAGUCGACCAACGGCUCAAGGAGAUGAAUUUGGAGGCCCGGGUCGUCACCAGAGAAGAGUUCAUAUCCAAGUUGGAAGGGCAUUUCCGCAACCACAGUGCCACCGUCGAGAAGGAGCUGGCGGCUAUGAAUGACAAGAUCUCGCAAGCACUGGGCAUUGCUCGGGAUGCCAAGAGUUCUGCCAAUCUUCCCCCUGGUCUGAGCCGCUCCGAAGUCGAGAGCCUUGUGGGCGAGAUGGUGCGCCGGGCCGUUGGAGAAGCCCAGUUGGAGGCCUUGGCCAGGGGUACUAUCAAGUCCCAUUUCAGCACCGAGCUUCUCACUCAAAAGAACUACUUCAGCACCCUUCGAGGAUGUCUUAUCGAUCCGCACCUGACUUCAGCUACGUAUGACUGGAGGGCGAAGAGGGAUGCGGUGAAGCAAGACGAGCCAAAACCCAGAUCCUGGAGCUUCAGUGACUGGAUACUUGGGGGGGAUCCUGCGGUAUUCCGCCCCGGGAGAAAGUUCACCGGCAUGUCCUUUGCUCCGGCCGCUGCGCUAGAAAGAUGGCACGACGACGGGGAGUGCUGGUGUGCGGCGCACGAGAAUGGCACGCAAAUCGCAGACCUGUCGAUCUACACUGCCGAGGUUCUCAUUCCGCAAUACCUGGUUGUGGAACACAUCAGCCGCGAUUCUACUUUCGACCCGGGGUCCACGCCCAAAGACAUCGAGUUCUGGGUCAAGGCCCCGGGCGACAGCAGUCAGCGGCCCCUGGACGAAUGGAGCAAGAACAAGUGGACCGAACCCCCUACGAUUCCAGCAAUGAAGCUCCAAGAGAAGGGUUUCGUCAAGGUCGGAGAAUUUGAAUUCGACUCGGGAGGAGGAAAGGGCGAGACCCAGGUCUUCAAGCUGCCCAAAGAGCUGGAGGACUUUGGGGUAAGGACCCAGCAGGUGUUGGUGCGCUCCAACAGCAACUAUGGAGCAAGCGACCACACCUGUUUCUACAGGCUGCGACUCUUUGGCCUGAAGCCGGACGGGGAUAGCAACAAGCCAGAGGCGGGUGACCCAGAGCACAAGGACCUUUGACAGGCUUUUCCUUUGUAACAGGAGGAUAGAAGCUCGAGAGAGGGCGUUUGCUAUUUUGGCACCCAGCACGAUGGAUGGAUGACCCGUUGGUGCACACGAGCAGAGAUGAUGCCCUCGAG